AUGGCCUUGCCUGAUGCUAGAACCUUGGUGGGCGUGGAAGUAUAUGUGUCAAGGGACAGCCCUAACCGUUGCUCUCUCAGCGGGAGAGGCUUGUCAUCUGGGGAGCCUCGACAACAUCGUGAUGCUGACAAGACAGAGAAGAGUCUCUCCAGAUCAGGACGUUUCAAUAAACACCGGCAUAGAGGUAUAGGGAAGAAACCUCACCACUGCUGCUUUGACUGGGGGAAGAGUUUUGCUAAACAGAGGGAAUUGAUCAUUUACCAGCAGUGUAACACUGGAGAGAAACCGUACCACUGUUCUCAGUGCGGGAAGAGUUCUGCUGCAUCUAAAACCUUAAAAUCUCAGAGAAUUCAUACAGGGGAGAGGCCUUACCCCUGCUUUGAUUGUGGGAUGACCUUCAGUCAAUCAAGGGCCCUGACAACACACCAACGCAUACACACAGGAGAGAAGCCUUACAGCUGUGAUCAGUGUGGGAAGAGCUUCAGGAACUCAGGACACCUGACUAGACACAAACACAUACACACAGGAGAGAAGCCUUACAGCUGUGAUCAGUGUGGGAAGAGCUUCCAGAAGUCAGGACACCUGACUAGACACCAACGCAUGCACACAGGAGAGAAGCCUUACAGCUGUGAUCAGUGUGGAAAGAGCUUCAAUCAAUCAGGAGAUCUGACAAGACACCAACGCAUACACACAGGAGAGAAGCAUUAUAGCUGUGAUCAGUGUGGGAAGAGCUUCAAGAACUCAGGACACCUGACUAGACACAAACGCAUACACACAGGAGAGAAGCCUUACAGCUGUGAAGAGUGUGGGAAGAGCUUUUCACUGUCCGGAACUCUGACUACACACAAACGCAUACACACAGGAGAGAAGCCUUAUAGCUGUGAUCAGUGUGGGAAGAGCUUCAAUCAUUCAGGUUCCCUGAUUACACAUCAAUACAUACACACAGGAGAGAAGCCUUAUCGCUGUGAUCAGUGUGGGAAGAGCUUCAAUCAUUCAGGAAAUCUGACUUCACACCAACGCAUACACACAGGAGAGAAGCCUUAUAGCUGUGAUCAGUGUGGGAAGAGCUUCAAUCAUUCAGGAUCCCUGGUUACACACCAACGCAUACACACAGGAGAGAAGCCUUAUAGCUGUGAUCAGUGUGGGAAGGGUUUUGCUCAAGAUUCCACCCUGACUGCACACCAACGCAUACACACAGGAGAGAAGCCUUAUAGCUGUGAUCAGUGUGGGAAGAGCUUCAAUCAAUCAGGAUACCUAACUAUACACCAACGAAUACACACAGGAGAGAAGCCUUAUAGCUGUGAUCAGUGUGGGAAGAGUUUUGCUCAAGAUUCCACCCUGACUGCACACCAACGCAUACACACAGGAGAGAAGCCUUAUAGCUGUGAUCAGUGUGGGAAGAGCUUCAAUCAAUCAGGAUACCUAACUAUACACCAACGAAUACACACAGGAGAGAAGCCUUAUAGCUGUGAUCAGUGUGGGAAGGGUUUUGCUCAAGAUUCCACCCUGACUGCACACCAACGCAUACACACAGGAGAGAAGCCUUAUAGCUGUGAUCAGUGUGGGAAGAGCUUCAAUCAAUCAGGAUCCCUAACUAUACACCAACGAAUACACACUGGAGAGAGACCUUAUAGCUGUGAUCAGUGUGGGAAGAGUUUUGCUCAAGAUUUCAAUCUGACAACACACCAGCGAAUACACACUGGAGAGAAACCUUACUCCUGUCUAUGUGGAAAGAGCUUUGCUCAUUCAGGGUCACUGAAAAAACACCAGAAAUCACAAACAUGUUUUCUUUCAUCUCCCUCCUCUCCGGCACCGGUUCCAGAUCCCUUUAUAAAGUUUCAAUAGAAAACAUCUUGUAAAGAGUCAUCCAUUUCCCAUUCUCUAACUAAGUCUGAUUACCAUGGUAACAUGUGUAGAUAAUAUGCAGCUCUGGAUCAAUAUGUAUCAAGCGUCUUGGAGUAGGAGUUCUGUGUGGGGGGGAGUAGGAGUGGUGGGGUGGGGGGGGUUCAGGGCUGUGUCUUAUUUCAUCAACUCCUGUUAUCCAUUAAAUAACUGUAUAAUGUAGAAUAAUGUUUCAACAAUACUCUGUGUAUUCAUGUAUUCAAUAGAUUAAUAAUUAAAUCCAUUAUCUGAUCAA